GUUAACGUUAGCGUUAACCUUGCCAUCUCCGCACAAGCUUAACACAAACAGAACACGCAAGCCUUUUCAUUAUUUCUGAACCGAGUGAAAAUUCUACCCCGCCUUCGAUCUCGUCCCCGCAUCUGCGUUCCAACCCAACAACCGCAAAGGAAACAAAGGAGCGAUGAACGUAUUCAAGCUCGCUAGGAAGUACCCCGGGCUCGGUCAAGAGGGCAUCAUGGCCCUGCAGGACACUUUUUUGCGCUCGGACCAGGACGAGAAGGGGUACUUGGAUGAAGCCACCGCCAUCAAGACUGCUCAGGACCUUGAGAGGAAGCCGUACGAUGAGGUCCGCGCAACUUUGAAGCAGGUUGAGCUGGAUAGCUCGAGGAGGGUCGAAUUGGACGAUUUUGUUGAUCUUAUCUCAAAAUUGAGAAUGACGGAUGGAGCAAAGUCGAGUCGUGCUCCCGUGGUCUCGCAUGCUAGGGCUGGCUCUAUAGGACGCGGAGGUGGGAGUGGUGGUGGGCAGAUUAAGAUGGGGGGUGCGACGGGUGCGACGACGCACACCAUCAAUGAGGAUGAGAGGACCGAGUUUACGAGACAUAUCAAUGCCGUGUUGCUUGGGGAUACGGAUAUUGGGGAUCGUCUGCCGUUUCCUACCGACACCUUUCAGAUGUUUGAUGAAUGCAAGGACGGUUUGGUUCUUGCGAAGCUUAUCAACGACUCGGUACCGGAUACUAUCGAUGAACGUGUUUUGAAUCGCCCGAAUGCCCGUAGCAAGAAGCUCAAUCAGUUUCAGAUGACGGAGAAUAAUAACAUUGUUAUUAACUCCGCUAAGGCUAUUGGGUGUUCGGUUGUCAACAUUGGGUCGGGUGAUAUUAUCGAAGUUAGGGAACAUUUGAUUUUGGGGUUGAUCUGGCAGGUCAUUCGGAGAGGACUUUUGGGAAAGAUUGAUAUCAAGUUGCACCCGGAGCUCUAUAGAUUGUUGGAAGAUGAUGAGACUCUGGAACAGUUUUUGAGAUUGCCCCCAGAACAAAUUCUGUUGAGAUGGUUCAACUUUCACCUUAAGGCCGCGAACUGGCACAGACGAGUUGCAAAUUUUAGCAAGGAUGUCUCCGAUGGCGAGAACUACACUGUUUUGCUCAACCAGCUUGCCCCGGAUCAGUGCUCUCGUGCGCCUCUGCAGACACGCGAUCUUAUGCAACGUGCCGAGCAGGUGCUUGUUAAUGCCGACAAACUUGGAUGCCGGAAGUUCUUGACACCAAAAUCAUUGGUUGCCGGGAAUCCCAAGCUUAACUUGGCAUUUGUUGCUCAUCUCUUCAAUACCCAUCCUGGCCUUGAUCCGAUCACUGAGGAAGAGAAACUUCAAGUUGAAGAUUUUGAUGCUGAAGGAGAGCGAGAAGCACGUGUUUUCACUCUUUGGCUCAAUUCCCUCGACGUCCAACCGGCGGUUAACUCUCUCUUUGAUGAUCUCCGUGAUGGAACUGUUCUUCUACAAGCAUAUGAUAAAGUCAUCCCGGGCUCGGUAAACUGGCGCCAUGUCAACAAGGCACCCUCUCAUGGAGGGGAGCUCAUGCGCUUCAAGGCCGUAGAAAACACAAACUAUGCUGUCGAACUCGGGAAGCAAAAUCGAUUUUCUCUGGUCGGUAUCCAGGGUGCAGACAUCACCGAUGGCCAGCGCACUCUUACGCUUGCCAUCACCUGGCAGUUGAUGCGUCGCGACAUUACACGCACCUUGCAAUCCCUCGCGCAGAGGGUUGGUGUAUCAGAAAUAUCGGAUUCUUACAUGCUCAAAUGGGCCAACGAUAUGGCCAGGAGUGGUGGGAAGGCGCAGGGAAUCAGAAGCUUCAAGGAUCCUAGUUUGGGGAGUGGAGUGUUUCUUUUGGACGUACUUAACGGCAUGAAGAGUAACUACGUCGACUACUCGCUCGUUACAAGUGGUAGAACUGAUGAAGAGGCCUAUCUGAACGCGAAAUUGAGCAUCUCAAUCGCGAGGAAGAUGGGAGCUACUAUUUGGUUGGUACCCGAAGACAUCGUCGCGGUCAGGUCUAGGUUGAUUGUCACGUUCCUGGGGAGCUUGAUGGCCACUUAUGAGACUUUGAAUUGAUCAAAAAUAGGGCCAAAGGAUCGUUUCCUUUUUUAUUUUCCGUCCUUCUCUCCAUCACUUUCUUUGUCUCAAUUUUUUUCUUGCGCAAGCGGCGGUUGUGGUUCUUAGCGUAGGUCGUGAUUAUUUGACUAGACGAAUCACAAUAUCCCGAUAUCGUAUGAUAUUUGGAAACGAUGGUGUUAAGUUAAUCAAAAAGUUCUGGUGAGUUAUGAGGUG